UAACCUGUACGCCAACUCUACUAUGAAAUUUUACUAUUAGCUUGAUGUUUGAGUUGGAGAAUGUGCAAACUUUUAAUAUGAGAUUCAAGUUAAGUUGGAAUUUGACUUUUAGUUCUUAUUGUAUUGAAAUGGUUAUUUUGUUUCUUCCAGUAAGAUUGGAUCUUGAAUUUGUGAUUUGUAACGAACCAUUUGUACAUAUCCAGAGAGUGAUAUAUGUUCAUGUACACUGGUCCCCUCUGGUCAUUGAUUUGUUGGAGCAUUUUUCUUUCCUAUUGACCAUACAUAGCGGUGAUUAAUAAAAUGCACUAUUUCUGCAUAUUUCAGAACUUUGGUUUUGACUUUGCAUAAUGCCACUACCUUGCUUGCAUUUGCUGAUGGCUUGUUUUUAUACCUUUGUUUCUGUAAGUUUAAAGUGUCUGGUUCGUGUUAUCGAGCAAAUUAUCUUGUUUCACUCUUUUCACCUGUGCUAGUUUCCAAGCGAGCAGCUUUUGAAUUGAGCCAAAAGCUUGCAACCUGCGGACAGAUCCAGAGGUAUGUUGGCAUAUGGAUGCAAUCCUUGGGAUGAAAGAAUAAAGUGCCUAAGAGGUUAUUGAAUCUGGGCCUAUGAGGAGGCUUGUGCAGCGUCACAAAAAGGUUUUCAGAGAGGAAUCGGAGCAAACCAAAAAGACAUCCGUUUCCAUCACGAAAUUAAUUGCGCUGGCCGACCCAGCGAGCCACAGUGGGUGGCUCGCAGGUGGUGCCCGACCAGCCACUUGCCCAACCACUUGCCCGACCAUCUCUUCGUGCCACGACGCCGCCACGUGCUCGUCUUCCCCCUCCCGCCGACAUCUCCAUAAUAUAUAUUAUCAUUAUUAUUAUUAUUAUUGUUCGUCGGAGACAACUACCUCACCGGCAGCCACCGCCUUCUUCGCCAACCGCCGCCACCGCUUUUUUUUUUUUUUUUUUUUUUUUAAUGAAUCCGCGACGAAGCCGAUGGGUUCGAUGUAUCUGAUGGAUAUUCCUCUGUUGCCUUCCGCGGUCUCGACGAAGCCGAUGGGUUCGAAGCGUGAAUCCGUGGAAUCGGGUUCGCCGCUGCGGAGAUCUCGAUGGAUUGCCCUUCGGUGACAGUUUUGACCUUCCUUUCGAGGUAAUCGGUUGUGGGCAUUUUGGUCAUUUUGAUUAUCCUGUUGGGUUUCUACUUAUAGGGGGGAGAGUUGAGUCGCACGGGUCGCUGAAGAGGCAAAUUCUUUCCUCCUUUCCCUGGUCAAAAUUGGGUCGUCCUGUUCCGAUCCAGAUCCGUCGACCCGCGGCGGCCGCCGGAGAUGAUGACGCGAGCGGCGGUGGGGAUCCGUGUUCCGUGUCCGGAGAUGGCGGCGGAGGGAAUGGCAGGCCGGAUGCGGCGGACGCAAUCGUCUCCGCAGCUGCGUUGCUCACUUGCCGUCGUACGCUCGACGGCCUCGCCGACUGCUUCGUUGAAGAGCGGAAUGUCGGUCGGGGCGCUGUUUCCAUUCGGUGGGAUCAUUUCCAACAGGAUCCGGUCGUUUAUGUUCGAGGCGGAGGAGGAGGAAGAGUCGGCGAGCGCCGGCGAACUGAGGCUGGUGGAGGAGAUCGAGGCCGAUGCGGGAACGGAGAUCCGCCAGCGCGCGAAUUGGGUGUCUCGGAUCUUGGAACUCCGGCGAAGGUGGAGGGAUCGGCAGCGGCGGCAGCAGCAGCCGAGCGACGCGAAGGGAGAAGACGAAGUCGAAAGGGAGGUGGCUGGGGAGGAGGACGGGUAUUGCGGCGUGAGCUACGACGACAUGUCGCCGGAGGAGGCGAACGGGAAUCAGGGCGAGUGGGAUCGGGAAUCGUUUGCGAGGUUGCUGCAGCCGGCGGCGUGGUCCGACACGAUGCUCUUCUCCCAACUCGCGUUCCUCUGCACCAAGGCGUACAAGAUCGCGGACAUCAAGGUGGAGGAGUUGCGCGCUUGGUACGGACUCGAGUUCGUGACCUCGUCCUUGGAGACGAAGUCGGCGGCCGCCAUCAGGGCCAAGCUCGAGGUCGACUCCACGCGGCCCCCGCCGUCUUCCCCCGUCGCCUCCUCCCUCGCUUACGAGGUCGCGGCCUCCGCCGCCUCCUACGUCCACUCCGGCGCCAAGGUAAACGUUCCUCUCGCCGGCGGAAGCGGGGUCGUUGGAAGCUGCUUCCCUUCCGAGUCCUGCAGUGAUGCGGGGACUACGAACAUCCGCAGCUACAAGAAUCCCGAGGUAGCCGCGUGCGUGGCAGCGUCGACGAUGACGGCCGUGGUGGCGGCGGAGGCGGCGGUGAGGCAGGAGGCUGCGAAGGAUCUCCGCUCCCUCCAUUCCUCCCCCUGCGAGUGGUUCGUGUGCGACGAAGCGCGCUCGCGCACCCGCUGCUUUGUGAUCCAGGGAUCCGACUCGCUGGCUUCUUGGCAAGCAAAUCUGUUCUUCGAGCCUACCAAAUUCGAGAGGAUGGAUGUUCUUGUUCACCGGGGGAUCUACGAAGCGGCUAAGGGCAUAUACGAGCAAUUCCUUCCGGAGGUCGCGGAACACCUCCGUCGAUACGGCGACGGCGCCAGGUUUCGUUUCACUGGCCAUUCCUUGGGCGGCAGCCUCUGCAUCCUCGUCGCCUUCAUGCUGCUGGCUCGAGGCAACGUGGAGCGCCGCCAUCUCCACCCGGUCGUCACCUUCGGGACGCCGUCCGUGUUCUGCGGCGGCGAGAGGGUCCUGCAGGCGUUGGGCUUGGACGACGGCUUCGUCCUCUCCGUCAUGAUGCACCUCGACAUCGUCCCCAGAGCCUUCUCCUGCGACUACCCCGACCAGGUCGCUCAGCUCCUCAAGCGGCUCAACGGCGCCUUUCGAUCCCAUCCUUGCCUUAACAAUCAGAAAGUACUGUAUUCUCCUCUUGGCCGGACGUACAUCCUCCAGCCGGACGACCAGUCCUCUCCCUACCACCCUCUUCUGCCGCAAGACUCCGCCCUCUACGUGUUCGACGGGAAGCACACCGGCAAAGAAGAAGGUCCAUCGCAAGCCGCGGCUGCCUCCGCCAGCGCGCUGCGAGCCUUCAUCAACUCUCCCCAUCCAUUGGAGACGCUGAGCGACCCCCGGGCCUACGGCUCCGAGGGCACCAUCCUCCGCGACCACGACUCGAGCAAUUACGCGAGGGCGAUCGCCGGCCUGAUUCGGCGGCACAACAAGCACCUCCGGAGGAGGUCAAGGAAGCAGCGGCUGGAGCAGUGGUGGCCGCUCCUCACCUCUGCCGCUGCCGGCUCCUGCGCAGGUCAUCAAAAUCCGAUCUUGCAGAAGCCUGCGCAGCUGGUGCCCAACGAAGUGGCCAUUACCACUACCAAAGGGUUUUGAGCAGGCUCACAAUCUGCUCUACAUUGAUUCUUGAUAUAUACAUGGACGAAUAGAUCAGUUGUUGCAAUAGAGGAUCGAUGGUUCCCUCUUUGUAAAGCGCAUAACUAAGUGGAAAUAUUGAUACAGUCAUGUCCAGUGAAAAUUUUUUGUAGUGUCCGAUCGAUCACCUCGAUCACCUUUAAAAUUAGUCGGAUCGUAAGAACAGAAUACCUAACAUGAUUUAUGUACGAACCUCUCGAAGCACUUUCUUGGCGAUAUCAGUGCUUUA